CUUUUUUGCUUUACAGGGUCGCCCGGAAUGUGGUUCAUCGCUAUACUUCAGAUCGUUCCUCAUCUUGCUGUUCUGUUCUGUUUCAACUUUAUAUGUUUAGUUAUUUACAGGCUAUAUUUUCAUCCCUUAGCCAGUUUUCCUGGCCCAAAACUUGCUGCUGCAACCCAAUGGUACGAGUUCUAUUAUGAUGUUUUAAAAGGGGAUGGAGGACAGUUCGUCUGGGAACUUGGUCGGAUACAUGAAGUUUAUGGUAUUCUAUCCUCGUUCUCUUCAUGAGGAUAUGUUGAAAUUGAUAGAUCGUAGGUCCAAUUGUUCGGAUCAACCCUAAUGAGAUUCACGUCAAGGACUCAGACUGGCAUGAAGUCCUCUAUGCCAAGAACCCAACGCAUCGUGAUAAAUGGCCACCAGCAGCUCAAAUGGCAGGUUUGCCACUAGGAUGUAAGUCUUUUAGAACUUAUCGAAAUGUCUAGGGUACUAAUACUGGAUAGCAUUCGGAACUGUCGACCAUAAUCUUCAUCGCAAACGUCGGCAAGCCAAUAGUCCAUUUUUCUCCACCAAAUCUGUAGCCGCUUCUGAAACUACAUUGAAAACACAGCUCGAGAUAUUGUCUGCAAAGUUCUCGGAUCGUUUGAAAAAUAAUGAAGUGGUAGUGAUGCGAAACACCGUACUCGCUUAUACAACCGACGCAUUAGGGAGCAUUUGUUUCGAUGAAGCUUUUGGAUUUCAGAAAAAUGAAAAGGAUGCCGAAGAAUGGGCUAGUACCAUGGAGGCUGUUGCUGCACUUACACCGUUGCUCAAGCAAUUCCCUUCUUUGAUUGGGUUCGCAGAUUACAUUCCGUUACCUGUCAUCCAAAUGCUAAAUCCCACCUUUGGAAGACUGCUGAAGUUUCAAAAGGUGAGUCCCCCUUCUAUUACUCCAAAGCUCAACAGAGAGAUUUAAUAAGAACGGUAGGAUAUGCUCAAAAGAGCAGCUGAUUUCCUCACUGCCACACCCCAAGAAAAACCGGAAGUAUCUAAAGAAGAUCGACAAAAACUGUUCCAGAUAAUAAUUGACUCCAAUCUCCCCCCAGAAGAAAAAACAGCAUCACGUAUCGGAUCUGAAGCUUUUACAAUUUUGGGCGCAGGAGGUGAUACUGUCGCAAGAGCCAUCGCAACCACAACCUUCCACAUCCUAUCCAACCCCCAUGUUCUCAGGAGCCUUAAGCAGGAAUUAAAGGAAGCAAUUCCUAUCAAAUCCGAGAUCCUAGAUUACAGGUCGCUAAAAGACCUGGUUUGGCUGACUUCAAUCAUCAAAGAAGGGUUGAGAAUAGCGUCGCCUGUUUCUUCUCGCUUACCGUUGGUUCCACCAACACCGCUUCGAUACAAAAGGUGGACUAUUCCAGCAAAAACGCCAAUUUCACUCUCUAUUCGUGACACUCAUUACAAUCCCGAAAUAUUCACCUCGCCCUCAUCUUUUAUGCCGGAACGAUGGCAACCGGAUCCCACAACCUCUCCGCUCGAGAAGUAUUUCUACCCGUUCAACAAAGGACCAAGAAAAUGUCCUGGCAUGGAGUAAGUCCCUCUGCUUAAAGUUUAUGUUUGAGUUUUUCGAUGGCUACUGUGUCUAACAAAGAUCGCAGAAUUGCGUACACAGAACUCUACCUCACGCUUGCAAUGCUCUUCCGUCGUUUCGAGCUUGAACUUUUUGACACCAUCAGGGAGAGAGACAUUGAUUUGCGAAGAGACUGUUUCCUCGCAGAGGCUAUGCCUGGAAGUCAGGGGGUCAGAGUUAAAGUUGUUGGAGAGGUUAAGAAUUAG